GGCACAGCGACAGCAUCCAACAGCUGAUCGGCCGCCGCGUCGCUGGGCGUCCCGACGCCCCAUCCCAUCUCUCAGUCUCAGCUCGAUCGCGGUUAGCCACGGACUUUAUUCCCGUCGGGCCGACUCUUUUUUCGUCUCUCAUACGCACCUCACUCCACGGCACAGAGUAUCGUUGAGGUUAAUUAUGUUGAUCCAAGCCGGGUGAUCGUCUACUUGUUCUUCUGACAAAAUAUAUGAACAUGUCUUGCCUUAAUUUCCCGCCGCACCUCCGCUACUGACCGCUCGAUCAUAGGCGGGGCCGGUGUCGGCAUGUCGAGCCAGCCUACAGGCGAUGCCAGCGCCAUGGCGUCGUCCGCUGGCAAGUCGCAGUACUCAUCAUCGUACCACUCUUCGUCGGGUACCACCCAUAAAAGCAAACACAGGUCACGGUCUACCACACGUCAUCAUCACACAAGUGCUGACAAGCCGAAGAAGAAAAGGCACAUAAGCGCGACAAAUUCUUUCGCUUCUAUACCUGGCGCCAUCAAACUGUCGAUGCUCAACAGUGGACUUUUGCCCACCAGCAGAUUCAAUGAUAAGAAUGGAUCUAUUCCAACAAUCUCUGGUACUCCAAUAGACCUCAAGGAUUUCUUGAAGAUUUGCGAGCAGCGAAAGAAGUUUCCGGUUCUCUAUAAACUUGAAUUUCAGAUCGCCAUUAAAGCGGAAGCGCAUUCUUGCAGGCACGCAACUAAGAAAGCGAACUUAGAGAAAAAUCAGAAUCAGAAAUGCAUUCCUUAUGAUUAUAAUAGGGUAGUUUUAGAGUCAAUCGAGGGUGAACAUGAUUCCGAUUACAUAAAUGCAUCCUACAUAGAUAGCUUAUUGAAACCUAAUGCUUACAUAGUAACUCAAGGACCUACCGAAGAAACCGUCGCAGAUUUCUGGAGGAUGAUAUGGCAAGCAAGAGCCAGUUGUAUUGUGAUGUUAACAAAAACUUUUGAUUUCAUUAAGGUAAUGUGUGUCCAAUAUUGGCCUCCCUCUAAAGAACUUGAAGAGACAUAUGGUGGUAUACACAUGCAGAUUCUUAAAGAAGAGGAAUUAGCUAAUUUUCAUAUUAGGACAUUUAGGCUAUACAAAACUGAUGAGAACGGAGGUAUAACCGAAGAAAGGACAAUCCUUCAGUUUCACUACACGCAGUGGCACAGUCAUUCGUGUCCGUUCACAAAUGCUUUGCUAGAGUUUAGAAGAAGAGUUAGGGCCGUUGUUGGACAUGUUAUAAAGUCUAACGAGGCUGGACCAAUGGUGGUACAUUGCAAUGAUGGAGGUGGUAGGUCUGGAGUGUACUUGUCCAUAGAUGCUAACAUGGAACUGGCUGAAGAAGAAGAUAAGUUUGACGUAUUUGGGUAUUUGAAGAAACUGAGAGAAGCACGUAAAGGAUUAGUGGAGAAUGUAGAACAGUACAAAUUCAUUUAUGAUUGCCUGGAAGAUCAUAUAACCUGUGGGAAUUCUUGGUUCCCAGUGAGCGAGUUAUCCCAGCGGUUGAAGCAGAAAUCUGUGAAGGACACCGUUACGAAAAUGAAUGAGUAUCAACGGGAAUAUAUGCUGAUAUGCAAACAAACGCCCAGAUUUACCAUCGGCGAUUGUGCUGGGGGCCAUAGGGGCGACAACAGGAAGAAGAAUAGGGAUGUGCUAAUUGUACCACCUGAUAACUUCCGUCCCUACUUAACGUCCUUCCAAGGCAACAGCUUCACUGACUACAUAAACGCAGUGUUCGUUGACGGAUAUACCAAACCAAGAGAAUAUAUAGUCACCGAAUGGCCAAUUAAAUCUACUUGUGGAGAAUUUUGGUCUUUGGUAUAUGACUACGAGUGUUCUGCCGUUGUUAUCCUCUGCGUACCCCCAAAUAAUUCGCAACAAUUUCCUCCAUUUUGGCCUGAAGGUCGAGCUUCAAAGAAAUAUGGACCAGUUUUCACGAUAGAUCACAUUUCCCAUAACCAUUAUCCUAACAUCAAAACUUGGGUGUUUAGAAUAAACAAAAAGAUAGUGUCGUUGACAGAGCUUAUGGCAGGAGUUAAGGCACCUCCAAAGACAGUUCAGCUAUUCCAACUGACAUGUUGGCCAAUGGGCCACAGAGUACCAACAUCCACAAAUUCUCUCGUGGAGCUUAUGAAUAUGGUGGAAAGAUGGAGGCAGAGGACUGACUAUGGACCAGUUUGUGUUGUAUCUCCCGAUGGAAGAAGUAGGUGUGGAAUAUAUUGCGCAGCAAAUGCGUGCAUAGAACAAGUGAUCCAACAUGGUGAAGUAGAUGUUUUUCAAGCUGUAAGAACAGUCAGGCGACACAGGCCACAACUUAUAGAAAAUAUUACUGAAUACAAGUACUGCUAUGAUGUGGUCCUGCACUAUGUUCUGCACUAUCUCCAAACGGAUCUUGACGAAAUGAAAAACAAAAAUAAAAGCUAAUAAGUUAACUGUCGGUCUAUGAUGUGUUAUUAAAAAUGCGUAUUACAUACAUUAGAUUCUGCACUGCUAUUUGUGACUUUCUAGUCUCGUAACACCAUUACUCAAAACUCACUCACUACAGAAUUUUAUACGUCCAUCAUGUGUAUUAGAUCGUGUCUAGGAAAAAUUUUGCCCUGGGCUAUUCAAGUAGUUAGUUCAUUUUUGGACCGCUAAACAAGUUUUGUGAAACAGUUCGAUCCAAAUUUUGAAAAUUACGAAUUAAUUUUAUUAUGUAUUGGCAGAAACUUAGAGUUAAGUUCAAAACCUGAAACUUAUCUUGUUGUUUUCAUGUUGAUAGAGUUUCAUUGUCUGGCUGCUAAUUUAAAACACGUAAGUGUGAAAGAUACCACAAUGGUUCCCAAUAUGUACAAUAAACAGUAAUUGAAACAUAUGUGGUUCCAAUCAGUGGAAAGACAAAGAAGCUCUAUACAGUCGGAGCUUGUUUCAAGAUAAAAACUGUCAUUUUAUCUGGAUUUACCAAUUGCUGUAGAUUUUUUUAAUAUUUUUACAUAGAGUUUAACAUCAACUUUGUGGUUGAGAAUAGUAGAAAUUUUAAAAAGGGAUGUCCCAUACCUAAAGAACUUCACACUAUUGUACUUAAUAGGCAUGUAACAAAACAGUAAUCCUUCCAUGUUGUAAGGCUAAUGAAUGUAUUAUGUAUGGAAAACUAGCAUAGUUAAUUUAUAUUUUGUGUAAAAGCAAAACAGGACAUAUAUUUUUGUUAAAUUGUAAAUUUGCUCUAUUAUGUGUAUAGGUAUAUUAAAAAUGUUUUUGAUAAA